AUGGCGCUGCGAACUCUAUUCAAGCGCCUCGAGAUUCCUCGAGAGACAGAUGAGUUCGUGGGACUCUGGGUCGUCACCGGAGCCUUCAACGUCGGUGGCUGGAUGACCGGCUCCUCAGUCAUCGCUCUCGGGCUCAACGUCUGGCAGGCCAUGCUCACCGUCAUCAUCGGCAACAUCCUCGUCGGCAUCAUCUGCGUCCUCACGGGCGCGCCAGGGGCCAAGUGGCACGUCGGCUUCUCUAUACUGCAGAACGCGUCGUGGGGCAUGUACGGCGCGCUGUUCCCGCUCGUGCAGCGCAUCAUGCUCUCCUUUAUCUGGUACUCGACGCAGGUCUGGUGGGGGGGCCAGUGCACCAAGACGUUCCUCACCGCGCUGUGGCCUUCGUUCCGGAACCUCAACACGCCUCUGGCCCACGGGACGAUGGAUACAGGAGACUUGACCGCCUUCAUCGUCUUCUGGUCUCUGUGUCUGCCGCUCAUUUGGGUACCGCCAGAGAAGUACAAGAUUCCCUUCGCCAUCGCCGCCUGCAGCGUCGCUCCGACCGUCCUAGCUCUCAUGAUAUGCCAGUCUGACUUCACCCGCUUCUCGCGCCGCCCUGGGGAUCAGCUCCUGUCUCAGCUGCUCUUUGUGCCCCUCAGCACCGUCUCUGUGGCUCUCAUCGGCAUCUUGUGCACAUCGUGCGCCUCCCAGCUCUUCCCAGAGACCAACGGCACGUUGCUGUGGGAGCCGUACCGCAUGCUGGCUACUGUGCAGACCCAUUUCGACGAUUCCCCCCGCGCGCGGGUUGCCGUGGCCUUUGCCAGCCUGGCUUUUGCCGUGGCUCAGUUUGGCAUCGCUGUCGCCGAGAACGCACUGUCCAACGGCAUUGACCUCUCGGCUCUGGUGCCGCGUUACUUUAACCUUCGCCGCGGGGGCUACCUCACUGCCGUCUUUGCUUUCGUCAUGCAGCCUUGGGAGCUCAUGAAUGGUGCGAGCAACUUCCUUACCGUCAUGGGCGGGUACGGCGUCUUCCUCGGUUCAAUGACGGGAGUCAUGUUCUCGGACUACUAUCUGGUGCGCCAACGUCGACUUAUGCUGACGGGUCUGUACGAUGCGUCCAGCACCAGCAUCUAUUGGUACUGGCUCGGGGUCAACUGGCGUGCCCCUGUGGCCUGGCUUGCCGCGACCUGGCUCCUUCUCCCUGGCUUUGUUCGCCGCGUGCAGGAUCCCACGGCAGAAUGGAACGGUUGGUCGCACCUAUACUACAUGUCCUGGCCCCUUGGCUGCUUUCUCGCAAUGCUGUUCUACUAUCUGCUCGCUCGUGCGUUCCCUGUGCCGCAGCCCCAGGCUGUUGACGAUGCAGAUUACUUUGGUACCUUUGGAUUGGCCAAUGACUUUGGUUCCGUGCUGGAAGGCGAGGCUGUUUCGGGCAACGGUAGUCUAGCUAAGAAGGACCAGGCUGUCCUUUCUUCGGAGGAGAUGAACCAGGCAGUUUAG